AUGCGUGGAAUGCUAAUAAUCUGCUUAGCCACCCUCAUCCCCUUUUCCGCGGCCUUCCGGACCCAAUCUGUGGCCGUAAAGGGCAAAUUGCUGUGCGGAGACAAGCCGGCUUCCGGUGUCAUCGUCAAGUUGAGCGAGGAUGAUGGAUUUAAUCUGCCCGACCCUGAUGACGUCAUCGGGCAAGUGAAGACUUCCGCCGAUGGCACCUUUUCGUUGACAGGCUCUACUGCUGAACUUUCGGUGAUCGAGCCCGAAUUGAAGAUCUAUCAUGAUUGUAAUGAUCAGCACAAGGAAUGCCUUCGCCGUUGGCUUAUCCGAAUCCCGAGCCGCUACAUCACCGAUGGUGAAACCCCCACGGAAACCCUUGAGAUCGGCACGUUGAACCUCGAGGUUCAACUGGAAAAGGAGCAGCGCCGUUGUAUUAACCAA